AUAUGACAUGUCCUUGUUGUCAACAUCUUAUUUAUCUUGGUGAUGAUGAUGAUGCAAAGCUAAAUCCUAGAGAAGAUGACAAUGUUAAAAAAUUUUUUAAAGAGUUAUCCAAUAGACCACAAGACUUCAAUCCAUUACCAGAGGUGUCAGAUGUGGAAACGGGAGAUCCUAUAACUCCUGAAAUGAUAUUCGUUGGAUUACACAAUAAAAUACUUCAUGCUGAGAAGAUUCUUAAUAAAAAAACACGUGAAGUAUCCCGCGUGGAAUACGAAAUCCUUGACUUUCAUUAUCCUCUUGGGGAAGCAUUGGAGAAGAAAUUGGCCGAAUUUACCUCUAUUCAUCCUCUUCAAACCGCACGAAUAUUGCUUAAUGCAGAAAUUAGGCAACAAUUCCCCUCUGAGAUGACUCGUAAUAUCUUUAACAAGAAAAAACGAUCAGCUAAAAAUAUUUACAAGAUAUUUAAAACAGAAGGUUUAGGAAGAGACGAGAUCAAGCGAAUUAGGAGAAUUUCACCAUCGUCUUUUGGGAAAUUUACUGAUAAAGAAAUAAAGGUCAUUCAAGAAAGGAUUAGAACAAAUUCUUCUCGACCAAAUUGGCUUGAUCAAUUUGAUGAUUUAGAACUAAAUGAGCCAAUGUUGACUGAUUGA